UAACCUAACAGUGAGAAGCAGCAAGCUGAGUACAAUAUACCACGAGCAGUGUUGGCCCUCAAAACCUACACCAACAACAACAAGAGCAACAAGAAGAGGAAUGAGAGUGCGUCAUCUGACCAGCAGGUCGUCUGGUUCACUUGUCACCUCCAUAUUGUGAUGAAGGAGGCCGUGUUGGAGGUCGCUGCCGGGGUCAACUCUACACUGGCACAGGUGACCACACUGCUGCGUCUGCUGGUGUCUGCUGCAGUAGACAUUGUCCACGACGCCCAAGUUUAUUUUUCACUGCCCUCUCUUCACCAACUUAAAGAAACUGCAUUCACCAGCUGGAUAAAUUUUUUGUGGUGGUUGGGAUUGACACCACUGCAAGGUCAUGUACUGAGGGCUCUCAUCAUUAUUCUGGUGGUUAACUUUGUCCUGAUCAAAGUCUCGUGGCACAUGUAUGCUCAGCGCAUAUCUCAUACAUUGUCAUUUAGUAAGUUUUUUCUUUGUAUUAGUCAAAGUCAGGUGAGAGCUUGUUAUUAACCCUCCAGUAAUUCU